UGGAGCGAGGAAGAGGGGUACGCCCUCUGCGCCUCGGCUAAUUGAAAGCGAGGGGCGGGUCCCGGGGCGGGUCCCGGAAGGCGGUGCCAGGCGCAGGUGCGAAGGCUGGGCGGUAGGGCUGCGGCCUCCGCCGGCGGGCAGUAUGGAGGACGGUUCCUUGGAUCUCAUCCAAAGUAUUGAAGAUGACCCCCUCCUGGACACCCAGCAUCUCCCACAUCACUCAUUACACGCUCAUUUUAGGCCCAGAUUCCACCCUCUUCCUACAGUCAUCAUUGCAAAUCUUCUCUUGUUGAUACAUAUUGUGUUUGUUAUUUUAGCAUUUUUAACAGGUGUGCUUUGUUCUUACCCCAAUCCAAUUGAGGACAAGUGCCCAGGAAACUAUACCAACCCACUGAAAGUUCAGACAGUCAUAAUCCUGGGAAAAGUUAUUUUGUGGAUUCUGCAUUUCCUCCUUGAACGAUACAUCCAGUAUCACCACAGCAAAGUAAGAAACCGAGGCUAUAACAAGAUCUACCGGUCAACAAGGCAUCUUAAAAGCCUUGCGCUGAUGAUACACUCCACUGGCAGCACGGCGCUCCUCCUCCUGCUCUGCCUGCAGCACUCCUUCCCCGAGCCCAGCGUGCUGUACCUGGACCUCAUUCUGGCUACCCUGGCCGUGGAGCUGGUCUGUUCCCUGACGUGCCUGCUCGUGUACACAGUGAAAAUUCGAAAAUUUAAUAAAGCCAAGCCACAGCCUGAUGUACUUGAAGAAGAAAAAAUCUAUGCUUACCCCAGCAAUAUUACCUCAGAGACUGGAUUCAGGACUCUCUCAAGCCUGGAAGAGAUUGUGGAGAAGCAGGGAGACAUCAUAGUGUACCUGAAGCGGCACAAUGCCCUGCUCAGCCAGCGUCUGCUGGCCUUCACGUCCUCUGACCUCAGCUCUCAGCCAAGUGGGAUUUGACAGCAAUUCCAGAGGAGCCAGAGUAAUUUAGACUGACCGGCCACCUGACAAGCUGUCUUAGAGAAAUGCAGCUUUGCCAAGUAACAUUCUACAAUUUCUGUUGGAAACCUGAAUUUGGUUCUCACCUGUGUGGCUGUUUAAUAAGUUGGACUCGUGGAUCAUUUGAAAGACACUUUGUAGCGCCUUUCGAACUCAAGGGGAAUGUCUGUUUUGCACAUUUUGAAAUUAUUUAACUGCCUGGUUUAUCCUAGGAUCAAAGGUAUAGAUUAAACAUCUCCUUGACCAACACUUCUUCCAUACUCAUUGGGACCUGGUAAUAAUUUGGCUUUUUAUAGAGGAAGUCUGAAAUGACAAUCUUUAAAAUUGGGCUUGAGUUUUUCCCACUUUUAUACUGGUGAGAGAAGUCAUCAUUGCUCAUGGUUAGUGUUUUUUCACAUGGAGCCUUAUGUAUUUUAUAUGUUUGUGUGGUAUUGGAUGGCCUUGGCCCUUAUAGCUUUUAUAAGAAUUUCAUCACUGUAGGACCAAGGUCUCACUGGAUGAUUUACUUUGCAGCCCCUACAGGUUUCCAUUCGCCAGAAAUAAGAUUUGAAGAUUACUUGGACCAGCAUUAGACCGACCAGUGCUGCUUGUGAAAAGCAGGAGCACCUGCCAUUGGCAGCAGCUGAAAUAGUUAGAGAAGACUUCAGGCUUUCUCUUUAUUUUGGCCCUUCUUUGAGAGGUAGCCAUGUAUUUCAGUAUUGACUGUCUUUGGAUCAAUAAGUUCAGUGAUAGGAAAGGGGUCUUCUGUAGCUUUAAGUUUGAAAGAAAAAAAGAAUAUGUUUUUUAGUCUUGGAUUAUACUUAAAAUUUAUGAUGGAAAAAAAAUGUCAUAUCAACCUAUAUAUAGAUAGUAAACAUAUAUAAUUCUCCAGAUAAAAUGAAGCAUAUUUAUGAGUAAAUGGCAUUUUUUCUCCAGUUUUCCUAGCAUGCCCUUUUCAUGUAUCACUUUGCUUUUGGCACCUUUACAUGCUGCCUCAGAAAGCCUUCUGUGUGAAAGCUUAACAUGAGGGAAGGGGAUAUGUGUGAUUAUGUAUGCUGCUGAAUUUUUUUUUUAUUUAGCUGAAUAAUCAAUAUUUGAUUUAAAAAUCCUUGAGCUAUACAUAACUAUUUGGCAAGGGAUGUGUUCACUGAGUCAUACCAUACAUCUGAAGGGCAAACAUCUGUUUCCUUUAGAUACAGCCAUUGCGGAGCAUUCUCAAGGUUUUCUGCUGAGGUCAAGGUGAUUGUGUGUCACCUGUAGUCAAUACCAUUGAGUCUCCAAAUUGCAAACAUUCACAAACUAAAGCCAAAAUUGUAUUUUUAAAGUUAAGAUUGUAUCCAAGUUUCCUGACUUUUCCUUCCUCUCUUUUUUUCUUUUUUCCUUCCUUUUUAAUAUGUCUCAAAGCCACUGCCUUCUGUGAAAACCUGUCUCUAUGUUCUGCAAGAGCUUUUGCCUUUAGCUGUUUUCCUUAGGGAAAAUACAUGUGGUAGAUGAUUAAUUCUCAUUUACUUUUAAAUUCAGUUUGGAUCUACAGUCAGUUUCUAAGGUUUAUGUGAUGAACAUUGGUUUACAGAGAAAGGUAUAGUUAAAAAGUUAGAAUACUCAAGUUCUGAUGGGCUGUCUGUAUAAUCACCAACACUCUUUUCUAAACUCAAUUCUGAACAUUUCAAACAAUAAAAGAAAAUGAAAGGAAUGAACAAAACAAUUUAAAUGUUAAUCAUUCUGCGCACCAAGUAGAUACUGUGCUAGCACGGUGGACACAAAAAUUAACAAGACAGUCCUAGCUUGUGGCUUACAUUCUAAGGAGAGGACUAGGAUUUUCAGGCUCUGUGCUAAGUGAAACGAUGACAAUAAGCCCAAAGUGCCGUAGGGGCUCCAGGUCAGAGUUUCCUGGGGGGAAAGGCUUUAGGUAUUCCAGGGAAAUUUAUGAGUAAACAAGAAGGUCGAACAGCUACAGAUGAUCAUCUGCACUGUGUAUAGCUUGAGCCCAAAGGGUGAUGCUGGACAUUGGAGGAGGAAUGACCAGUGGCAGAUUCUGGGGACCCUAAUGCUCUCUAGGCCAAGGGGCCUGCAGUGGAAUGGGGCCCACUGAAGGGUUCCAGGCAAGGAAGUGGCAGUCAGUUUUAGUUUCAGAAGGAGCAGACUGCCAGUGUGGUGUAGGAAAGUGGGUGGCAGAGUAUAUGGCGCUGAACUAGGAUGGGUAAAGUAACAUUUUAUCAUGGGCAUAUAUGUAUAUAUCUGUAUUGUAUUUCUAUAUUGUUAAUUUGGGGAUUUUAUUUCAAAUGACAAUAGCAUCAUGACUUACUGCAUUUCUUUGAAUACUAAUGGAUUAGAGC